AUGCCUCUCUUCGUCCUCGCAGAGACAAGUGCAGGCUACGGCUUGUUCAAGGCCAAGGACAAGAAGCUUCUUGACCGUGACGACCUAAGCCUUCGGAUAUCCACCACCGAAAAGAUCCACGACGAGCUUAAGCUUAAGGAGUUUCUGAAGUGGGACAGCGCCUCGGCUGCUAUCAACGAGCUCGAUGGCCUCAUUGAUGGCAAGGUGCCACCUUUGCUUGCAAAGUUGCUGGAGAGCGUAAAGGACGAGAAGAAGUUCUCCUUGGCCGUCGCAGAUAAGGGACUCGGAGUGUCUCUGUCGAAGCUUCCUGGAUUCAACAUUACUGCAGUCACCGCAGCUCCUGGCUCUGUGGCCGGUGAGGUGUACCGCGGCAUUCGCGAGCACUUGACCGAUCUCAUUCCUGGCAUUGACGAUGCCGGCUUCACGACUAUGGCUCUGGGUCUGUCCCACUCGCUUUCUCGUCACAAGCUCAAGUUCUCUGCCGACAAGGUUGACGUCAUGAUCAUCCAGGCUGUCGCCCUGCUCGAUGAUCUGGACAAGGAGCUCAACACUUAUGCUAUGCGUGUGAAGGAGUGGUACGGCUGGCACUUCCCCGAGCUGGCUAAGAUCUUGAACGACAAUCUCGCUUACGCCCGGGUAAUCAUUGCGGUCGGCAUGCGUGACAACAUCCUGGACGCCGAUCUGUCCGAGGUUCUGCCGGAAGAGAUCGAGGCCGCGGUCAAGGCAGCUGCUGACGUGAGCAUGGGCGCUGACAUUGCCGAGGAGGACUUGGAAAACAUCAAGCUCCUGGCCGAGCAGGUAGUUUCAUACACGCAAUACCGCGCACAGCUUGCCAGCUACUUGGAGGCCCGCAUGAAGGCCAUCGCACCUAACCUGACGGAGAUUGUUGGAUUCCUCGUCGGCGCUCGCCUCAUUGCUCACACCGGCUCGCUCAUGAACCUCGCCAAGAGUGCCGGUUCGACCAUUCAGAUUGUUGGUGCCGAGAAGGCCCUCUUCCGUGCUCUCAAGACCAAGCACUCGACCCCGAAGUAUGGUUUGAUCUACCACUCGUCGCUCGUGGGCCAGGCAACUGGUCGGAAUAAGGGCAAGAUCGCACGUCAGGUGGCCGCAAAGGCUGCUAUUGCUGUGCGUACUGACGCUCUCGCCGAGUUCGAAGACGAUGCCGAUGAUGAGAUUCGCGCCGCCCUGGGUAUUGCCGCGAAGGCCAAGCUCGAGAUGAACCUGCGGCGCCUAGAAGGCAAGCCAUUGACCAAGACCCUCACCAUCAACAGCGUCAGCGAAGCACCCGGCAAGUGGGAAGUCAAGGAGGCACGGAAGUACAACAUCGACGCCGAUGGUCUCACUGGCGAUGAACCAGCAGCAGCUGCAGAGAGCACUCCGGCAAAGAAGGAAAAGAAAGACAAGAAGGAGAAGAAGGACAAAAAAGAGAAAAAGAGCCUACCAGCACCGGAGAACUCGGACGACGAGGAGCCGGCUACGAAUGGCACCACCAACGGCGCAUCAGCACCACGCAAGCUUUCCGAGGAGGAUUACGAGCGCCUGGCCGAGGCCGCUGGCAUCUCAGUCAAUAAGUUGAAGCGCAAGUACGAGCGUGGUGACGUCGAGGUUGACAAGAGCGGUAACCCCAUCGUACACAGCAAGAAGGAGCUGAAGAAGCUUCGCAAGACCGAGAAGAAGUCCGAGAAGCCGAGCGAGGACAGCGAUGAGGCCGCUGCACCGAGCAAGCGGAAGCGUGAUGACGAAGGCGAGAAGCCCAAGAAGAAGAAGAAGAAGAACCACGAGGCAUAG